AUGUCACUCAUGUUUGCUUCCCCUGUUCGUAUCACCCCAACCGUUAGAUCUUUCACACUCACAUCAUCUCGACGCUGCAACUACACCGUAAUGUCCGCCGUCCGAUCUGAUUCCGCUUCGACAUGCUCUGUAUUCACCAAGUUUCAGAACGACUGUGAAACUCCUACGCCGUUCCUACGCAAUGUAGCCGACGCCAUUUCCGAUGACAUGCGAGCCGGUUUAGCUGUUGAAGGUGGAGGAGAUCUCCCGAUGAUCUUGACUUAUGUCGACGCUUUACCUUCUGGGAAGGAGGAAGGUUUGUUCUAUGCACUGGAUUUAGGAGGUACAAAUUUCCGGGUGCGUAGCGUGCAAUUAGGAGGAAAGCAAGAGCGUGUCGUAGCUGCAGAAUCUGAACAGCUAUCUAUUCCCAAGGAGCUUAUGAUUGGUACAAGUGAGGAACUCUUUGGUUUCAUUGCUUCCAAUCUAGCAAACUUUGUUGCAAAGGAGAAGCCAGGAAGGUUUCAGUUGGAAACAGGGAAGAAACGAGAGAUAGGAUUUACUUUCUCAUUCCCUGUGAAUCAAACCUCCAUUGUUUCAGGGACAGUAAUCAAGUGGACUAAAGGGUUUAAAGUGUCUGGAAUGGAAGGAAAAAACGUGGUUGCUUGUUUAAAUGAAGCUAUGGAAGCACAUGGACUCGAUAUGCGAGUUUCUGCUCUCGUAAAUGAUGGAGUGGGGACAUUAGCUGGAGCAAGGUAUUGGGACGAGGAUGUGAUGGUUGGUGUGAUUCUUGGCACUGGGACUAAUGCUUGUUAUGUAGAGCAGAAGCAGAAAAUUCCUAAACUUCAUAGCAAAUCUUCUUCCGGAACAACGAUCAUAAACACAGAGUGGGGAGGGUUCUCUAAGAUUCUUCCGCAAACCAUAUUUGACCAAGAGUUAGAUGAGGAAAGCAUCAAUCCUGGUGAACAUUUAUAUGAGAAGAUGAUCUCAGGAAUGUAUCUUGGUGAAGUUGUGAGGAGGGUUUUGCUCCAAAUGUGUAAAACUACUGACUUGUUUGGACAAUCUAUUCCUGUCAAACUCUCCACUCCUUUUGCACUCAGGACCGAGGAUCUAUGUAAAAUGCAAGAGGACAAUACAGAUGAUCUUUUAAGUGUUGGAACAAUCCUAUACAACAUUUUUGAGGUAGAGGCGAAUCUGAAGGAGAGGAAGAGAGUGGUGGAAGUGUGUGACACAGUAGUGAAACGCGGAGGGCGUCUAGCAGGAGCUGGUAUAGUUGCAAUUCUUGAGAAGAUUGAGAGAGAGACCAAGAGAAUGGCUUCAGGUCAAAGAACCGUUGUGGCUAUGGACGGUGCACUAUACGAGAAGUACCCUCAGUAUCGACGGUAUAUGCAAGAUGCUCUAGUCGAGCUUCUUGGCCAUAGCCUUGCAAGUCACGUUGCGAUCAAACAUACUAAAGACGUGUCUGGUCUCGGCGCUGCUCUUUUGGCCGCCACUAACUCCAUUUACUAG